AUGCGUAUUGUUGUAAGCGUUGGAGCCAGCACAACCCCACCCUCUCCUCCUCUCUCCCCUCCUGCCCCUUCUCCCCCUUCUCCUCCUGGCCCCCCUUCUCCCCCUGCCCUCCCUCCUCCCCCUGCCCCCCCUCCUCCCCCUGCCCCCCCUGCUCCCCGCGCUCCCCCUGCCCCCCCUGCUCCCCGCGCCUCCCCUGCCCCCCUUGCUCCCCCUGCUUCCCUUGCUCCCCCUGCUUCCCUUGCUCCCCCUGCUUCCCGUGCCCCCCCUGCUUCCCUUGGCCCCCCUGCCCCCCCUCCUCCCCCGAUCCCCCUUCCUCCCCCUGCCCUCUCUGCUCCUCCUGCCCCCCCUGCCCCCCCUCCUCCCCCUGGCCUCCCUGCUCCUCCUGUCCCCCCUGUUGCCCCUGCUCUGGCCACAUCCCCUGCUCUGCCGGACUCAUUUUCUCUUGCUGCUAAUGCAGCUGCCUCUGCUCUCCUUGCCCCCCCUACCCCCCCUGUUCCCCCUGCACCUGCUGCCCGUGCCCCCCCUGCUCCCCCUGCUUCCCCCAACGUCCUUGCUCUUGCACCUGCUGCAGCUGCCUCUGCUCUCCUUGCUCUUGCAUCCUCUGCAGCUGCCUCUGAUCUCCUUAAUCUUGCUGCUGCUACAUCUGCCGCUGCUGAUGCUCUUGCCAUCCUGGCUGCCAGGCUCCUAGGGGGUGCUGCUACCCUCUGA